AUGGGUUCAAAAUAUCAACCAGUCCAGGACGACGAGAAGUUCCAAGAUGUCUUCCCUCCACGAAGAACCUCGAGUUCCCUAUCUGAAACCACUUUACUCGAGGAUGAAGAACAUGCGAGAAUAUUACCAGCGAGAGGAACAAGAGCAUACGGCCCGAGAUGGAUUUGGAUUGCCCAUGCGACGUUACUUGGACUGUCGUUGACGAUGUUUGUCUCGUCUUGGUUCGCAAGGGUGUCGACGAUCGACUACGUGCGCCAUUUUUCAGCAUAUUCACCUGCAGUCAAAGCCGUUGAAUAUGAGACUGUAAAAUUUAACACGACGAUGGGUUCGGCGUCGCCGUACGUCGGGAAGGGUCCGGAGGUUGAUGAAGCCUGGCAUGCGAUAUCCUAUGACAUUGGAGACCAAGUCAUCACACCCGAGGAGCUAAAACGAAUCGCCAUGCCUGAAUCAUCACUAAAGGCCAAGCACCCCAAAACAGGCGGGGAAGGUUACCGUGUCGGUCUUGAAGUCUUCCACCAGCUCCAUUGCCUCAACCUCCUUCGUCAAGUCACGUACAAGGAGCAUUACAUGGAACUCGGCAAUGGCAACUUUGCUAGCGGUGACGAGGAUUUACAAAUGCAUACUGAUCACUGCCUCGAGAUCCUCAGAAUGAAUGUGCAGUGCAACGCUGAUGUGGGGUUAUUUACAUUCUACAUGGUAGAGAAUGACCCAUUGCCAUGGCCACAACUGAACUCGUGGCAUACGUGUAGGAAUUUUGAUAAGGUGCGGGAUUGGGCGCUUGACAACUCUGUGGGAAAUAUGGAGAGGCCUGAUAUUCAUCCUGAAGCAUAA